AUGUUGACGAACUGUUUUAUGGAUGAGGAUGAGGAGCCUAUAAUUGUCUGUUUCAUCUGUCAUGCAAGACUCAUUCGUUGCAAGAGAUUGCAACAACAGGCUAUUGAGUCAAGUGCAGUUCUGGAGCAGUUGCUUGCAGGAGGGUCCAUGUUAAUACCAAAACCACAUGAGGCUAGAGAUGAGAUUCAAUUCACAACAAUUAAUCAUAUAGAUAUUUGGCCAGUAGAGUGUGAUAUAGAAAAUGAUUGUAAGGACGACAUUUUUAGCCUCGAAUCUGUUAAAGUUGAGGAAGAGAAAGUCGAAAACGAGAAUUACAAAUUUGAAGUAAACUGGAGUCAUGAAAUAGAUACUGCUGAAAAACAAGAAGACUUGGAGAUUGAUGCUUUUGAAGAUCGACAUGAGGAUUCAGAGAACGACUUGCCACUGAUUUCAUUAGGUGCAAAGAGUAAAACAGAUGACCUCGACAUCGAGCAACCCUGCAUACAAACAAAUAAUUUUUCAAAACCGUCUGGAAGAUUAACUCUUUCGGAUGAAGAAAUAGCUCGGGCCUUAGAUAAUGUAGACGAAGCCUUAACAAAUGACGGGUCAGAUAGUGAGGGGGAUGAAGACGAAUUAUUGAUCGAUGAUGUGGAAAGUGAUUACCAUGACGAAUCCCCUGACACUAAAGAAGUUGAAGAACAAGAAAGAAGACCAUUUUCAGAAUCAGUAAGUGUGUCACAAACAAACCCUCAAGCUUCAUCAGCUUCCAAUUAUAUUAUUAGUUUGACUCAAACUACCAUUCGAAGUAAAAAUCGUCAUGUAUGGACAUGGACUACUCAAAAAGUACGUACAUCUUCUCGAACUUCUGCGAUAAAUAUCGUUCGCGUGGGUAGAGGACCAACCCGUUCUUUGAGAUCCAUAAGAGACCCGAUGGUUUAG